AUGGACCUCACCUUCCAUAUCAGUCAAGAUGGAAAAGUCCCGAAAAGAUCCUAUGCCAGGGGUGCUUGUGAGAGAUGCCGCCUGAGAAAGAAGAAAUGCUACCAUCAGAAAGCAAACCGACAAUCGGCGUUUUCUACGCCACAGCGGCCGACUACCCAGUUUGUUCAAUAUUCUCCAGCUACGACGCGGGGGUCACAAUCACCACGGGGUGUUUCAGCAUCGCAGCGACUUCCUGGCGCACCUGCAGAGCCCAAGCUACAGAGUGCGCAACAACCCUCUCAAGUUCACAUCGAUAGUCAAAGAAACGCCUCGCAAAUUUCACAGAGGGAUACCAGCACCCAUCGGUUUAUCGGUGACUUGAACCCAGUUGUACUCUUUGUCGACGAUGGUAGUAUGAGACUCAUGCGUGGGCGUGCUCAUCAGCAGGAUGUUGGAGUCUGGCUCGAUGGGGAAAAUGAAUUUAUUGAAAAAGGCGAGAACGCCUCUCAUGAAGAGCGCUCAUCGAGUAAUACCCGAUACCAGGUGUCUCGAUCAAAGCGACAUUCCGGAUGCGCGGGUCCUCUUCUCCCGCCACGACAAACGCAGGAAGCGUUGAUAAACAUUUACUUUCAUCGCAUCCACCCCAUGCUCCCUCUGGUCCACGAGGAAGACUUUCAAAUGCAAUUCCGCAAUGGUACUGUUUCUCUGUACCUCGUGCAGGCAAUAUGUCUGGUGGCCUCGAAGGAACGCGAUGCAGAACCAUUGCUCCAGCUUGGGGAUCGUACCGAAACCAUUCCCCCUCGCAAAUUUAGCGACCUUCUGUACGACGACCUUUGCUAUGCUAUUACCAUGCGUCUAGAGCGGAAACGGAUGGCUUUAAUACAGACCCUUGCUCUUGCUUCGUUGCAUACUUCAAGACCAAAGAGCUUUGAGGACGCGUCGCUCUACUUAGCCCAAGCCAUUCAUCAUGCUCACACGGUUGGGCUACACUUCCUAAAGUGCGGACCUGAAAGGCAUGAAAAACCGCUAGUUACACUGUUUUGGUGCCUGUGGAGUCUUGACCGAUGGACUGCUGCCAUUCACGGGAGGCCGUUGGUGAUCCAUGACAGAGACCUGGGACAACAGCUCACAGACGUGAUUGACCUAUUCGACAGCCCGUUCCGCGUCUGGCUUUCCUUGGCGUCAAUCAUGGGCGAGGUCAUGGUGGUGUAUCGGCCAAUGCUGGAUGCCCCGGUGGAUGAGAACAAACCCGAAAUUCCCCGAUUCGAAGAACUGAUCGCGAAAUGUCAAGCGGAGAAUAUACCCUUGGAUCAAAUGUUGUCGUUUGAAUUGGCGUAUCAUGCAAUAGCUCUUCUAGCUUCGCGGCCAUGGGGCCUUAAGGCUCAACCUCGGUCUCACGCGUUGUACCUGCGACAGGAUCUGGCUGUCUAUCGCAUAGCCACGCUGAUACAAAUGUGCGCUAUCAGUCAGUUCGCGCCUUUACCGACAGUUGCGUAUUCCAUCUCACUUGCGUUCUCCAUCUCCUAUAAACAGCUCAAGCGUUGUCAGCUUCUCAGUGCCCAGCAUGCGGCCAAGAAACAUUUACAAACUUUUUAUAAGAGCCUAGAGGCUCUGAGCUCGAUGUGGUGGUCCGCUCAAGUGAUGACCCGGCUUGGUCAGCGUGCACUGGACGGCAUGCAACGCCUGGCGGGAAGAACGAGUCAACUAGCGCCGCCAUACAAGAAGGGACCUAUUGCUGCAGCUUCAUCAAGCUGCGAUGCCUGUGAUGUGUGUUCGUUCCAUUCCGAAGGGAGCUCAGUAGCAGUAGCCGAAGCGGCACACGACCAACAACUUUUUGAAAACGAGGCCGUCGCAAUGACAGAUCACCAACCAUUGUUCGACUUUGGGGACUUGGAUGACAGCGGUUUUAAUGAUUUUGUGGCGGAUCCCAUCUUUCAGGAUAUCGACGAUCAGCUGGGAAAUUUUUUGAACAUUACUAUCCCCAAAUGCCCUUCGGACUCGGCCUUUAUCAACCCGGACACGAUGUGGAACCCCGAUGAGUUUGACUUUUCUUGCCAUUAG